AUGUGUCGCUGGUUCAUCUAUCUCGGCGAUGAGCCUCAACUUCUCGAAGACCUUGUGCUUCGGCCUCGACACUCCAUCGUGAAGCAGGUCGACGAACACUUCUUGCCGUCCGGUCAUACACCGUUCGACCCAUGGCAGGCCGAAUACGCCACUCCGUCGUCCGCCAACGACACCGGAUCCCCCAACCCCUUGACCAACAUGGACGGCUUUGGCGUGGGGUGGUACUCGACGGCCCAGUGUGAAUUCGACCCCGACGAGCAAGGCGAGGGCCGAGAAGCCCUCCGCCCCGUCGUCUACAAAAACAUCCGACCUCCUCUGAACGACCUCGUGUUUAAAAGCAUCGCCAAAGGGACCAGCACGUCGGCCGUGUUGGCGCAUGUGCGGGCUGCGCCCGGUCUGACCCCCGUGGUGGAAACCAACUGCCAUCCGUUCGUGUUCGGCCGGCAUAUGUUCGCUCACAACGGCAUCUUGGGAUCUUUCCCCAUCAUCCGCACGGCCAUCUUACAGUACCUUCCACUCCGGUACCAGGCUGCCAUUCUAGGGACGACAGACGCGGAGCACGUUGCGGCUUUGUACUUUUUCAUUCUUUGCGGAGCGGCAGGCGACUGGAACAAGCUUUACGAAGUCAGUGUGAUGGGGCAAGCCAUGAGAGAAACCAUAUCCAUGCUUGAAGAUAUGCAGAGGGAGUUUGCUGGAGGUGAAGGCUCCUCUAGAGCACCAAACACGCUGAAUUUGGUCGUUACAUCGGGGAGCUCACUCGUUGCCCUGAGGUACGCCAGUCCGAAGAACCAUGAGCCACCAAGUCUGUACUAUUCGACGAAGGCGGGUCCUACUCUGAACCGGAAGUUCAAGGGGAAUCCGGAUGAGACCGGUGAUGGCGGCAACAACGGCUCCGGAGACAAACGCCUGGAAAAGGGAGAUCAUUCGACUCACGUUGUUGUGGCCAGCGAACCAAGCACUCGUAACUCGGAUGAGUGGGAGUUGAUCGAACCGUCACAGAUGGUCUUGGUGGAUGAGAACAUUCACUUGGAGCUGAAGAGUCUCUAG